CUUCUUUUCUUAUCGACGAACUCAUAUUGUUCUUCUGAUUUUGAAUUCCUUUGUUCAAGAGCUAGAGUUGUUGAGGUUAAGGUGCUGCUAUAAUUGUUUAAAAUGACGUCUAAGCCGUUGGACUAUGAGAAUCUGAAUGAAAAUGUGAAGAAGUGUCAGUAUGCCGUCAGAGGUGAGCUCUACCUUCGAGCUUCUCAACUUCAGAAGGAAGGAAAGAAGAUUAUAUUCACAAAUGUAGGUAAUCCCCAUGCCCUUGGACAAAAGCCGCUGACAUUUCCGCGCCAGGUUAUUGCACUGUGCCAAGCUCCAUUUUUGCUGGACGAUCCUAACGUCGGACUCUUAUUCCCUGCUGAUGCAAUUGCAAGGGCUAAACAUUAUCUUUCAUUGAAUUCUGGAGGACUAGGCGCUUAUAGUGACUCCCGUGGGAUUCCUGGUGUAAGGAAAGAAAUUGCAGAUUUCAUUGAGAGACGUGAUGGAUAUCCAAGUGACCCAGAACUGAUAUUUCUAACAGACGGUGCCAGCAAAGGCAUAAUGCAGAUCUUACAUACCAUCAUUCGGGGGCCCAACGAUGGGGUAUUGGUCCCGGUUCCACAGUAUCCGCUAUACUCUGCUACGAUAUCAUUGUAUGGGGGUUCUCUUGUUCCAUACUAUCUUGAAGAGGCUGCAGACUGGGGUCUUGAUAUCAAUGACCUUCGGCAAUCUAUCAGACAAGCCCGAAAGAACGGAAUAACUGUACGCGCAAUGGUGAUUAUAAACCCUGGAAAUCCUACUGGACAAUGUCUUAGUGAAGCAAAUGUUAAACAAAUUUUACAAUUCUGUUACCAAGAAAAUUUGGUAUUACUUGGAGACGAAGUCUAUCAGCAAAAUAUUUACCAAGAUGAGCAUCCUUUCAUAAGUGCAAGAAAGGUUUUAAUGGAUAUGGGUCCACCCAUAAGUAAGGAGCUUCAGCUCGUUUCAUUUCAUACGGUCUCUAAAGGUUAUUGGGGUGAAUGUGGACAGCGUGGUGGAUACUUUGAGAUGACCAACAUUCCUCCCAAGUCUGUCGAAGAGAUAUACAAGGUUGCUUCGAUAUCGCUCAGUCCAAAUGUACCUGCACAGAUAUUUUUGGGAUUAAUGGCAAACCCCCCUAAGCCUGGAGAUAUCUCGUAUGAUCAAUUUGUGAGAGAAAGCAAAGGCAUCCUUGAGUCACUAAGGAGGAGGGCACAUAUAAUGACUGACGGUUUCAAUAGCUGCAGAAAUGUUGUUUGUAACUUCACAGAAGGUGCUAUGUAUUCCUUCCCACAAAUACAAUUGCCUCGUGGGGCGAUAGACGCUGCAAAGAAGCUCGGGAAAGCUCCUGAUGUUUUCUAUUGUCUCAAGCUGUUGGAAGCAACGGGCAUCUCUACUGUCCCGGGUUCAGGGUUUGGUCAGAAGGAAGGGGUGUUCCACCUAAGGACAACUAUCUUGCCAGCUGAAGAAGAAAUGCCUUCAAUAAUGGCUAGUUUCAAAAAGUUCAACGAUGAUUUCAUGGAGCAAUAUGAAUAGGACAGAGGCCAUUCGUUUAUGCAAAAGCUGUUUUCGAUCUUUAUUUUAUAUGUUGGCUCUCUUUUUGUCUGAUGAAUUCUUUCUCAAAAAGUUACUGUAACAAGUUAAACGUAAUUUAAGUGUUUGAAAGCCUUCUGGCCAGAAUUAUUUGCUUUUUGCAAUAAAACGGUUUUUUUACGGUAAUUUUUCAGAUUAA